CAUAAUGUCCACAGCCCUUCGUGUGCCGGGCUUCACACCGCAUGUUCCUGUUUGCCACGACUCCGCAGUGCACUGUGCUACUAGAGCGCAGCCUUCGCUCCAGCUUGUUGCAUGUAAUGAGGCUGUGAAUGCAAUUCAUCCACGCGGGCAACGGGGCCAGUCCUCGACUGAUUCUUCUCAAAGAUUUCUGUAAUUGUAUCAUCUGCUAAACUGUAGCACCACGGGCUCAACCCAUCAUGGCUUUUACCGGACGCACGCCAGAGUCUCUCAUUCCCCGCUCGGACUCGAGGAAUCCAGCGACCACGUGCAAGGGCAUUACCAAGUCUGGUCGGCCGUGUAGACGCGCCAUUGAUGCUAAAGCAUCGCAAGAUGACGGCGUGAUUGCGGUCGUGUCAGUUUGUAGCGACAGCGACGACGACGAUAUCGGUGCCGCCGCGUACUUUUGCUGGCAGCACAAAGACCAGGCAGAACAAUUGGCCGCGCAGGCUUCAAGUGGUCCGGCAACGCAGCUGUAUCCGCUGAAAGAGAGGAACAGUAUCGACACCUUGGUCGAGCGACUGGGCGUGCUUGAGGUGGAAGAGCCCGAAGAGGCACCUCGGCGCAAGAGAAGGGACAGCAAGCAGGGGACAACAUCGGGGGCCCGACCACCACGGAGAAUCAAUCGGCCACCUACCUGGGACCAUGUCGAAGGACCAUUGAUGUCGGUUCCCAGCGACGUGAUGGCAGAGAAGAGGCGAAGGGACCACCGCCCCCCAAAGCCAUCACCGCCGACGAAGAAGCCCAGCUUUUGGCAGUCUUUGUGCUGUGGCUCUGCGGACGAUGAUGUCGAGGUCAUCCGGCACAAGAAACGGACGAGCGAAGCCCCAGUGACAGCACAGUAUGCGCCAGAGACACCAAUGCAGCAGAUGUCGCCAACUCCGCCACGAGUGCAGCAGCACUCGAGACGCCCAAGUGCGCAGUCUUCACGGCCGCCUUCUGCUUCUCAGCUGUCGAGUAGCGUGCCUGUACGCAAGCCUCUCGGAGAGAAGGCAUCGCGGCCGCUCAACAAAACCUCAAGGCAAGACUCAGACACGACGAGCCUGUUGAGGUAUAUCCCGCAAACGCUGUCGCCGCAACUGACCUCUACGCUACUGGCCGAGCUUUCGAAACCCAUAUCUCCCCACGACGACGAGGGCUAUAUCUACAUCUUCUGGCUCACACCAGACUCUCUUGGUCCCGCGCCGUCAUCGACCGCGUCCACGCUUCUCACCCCGCCAUCGCGACCAGACCAAGGGCGACGGACGUCCGAUGUUCUACGCCAGUACUCUGUCAAGCAACCACAGCGACCGCGCCCAAACACCACUCGGCAGCGCUCUGGAGACUCGAACACGGCCUCUGGAAAAGACACGAUACUGUUGAAGAUUGGCCGAGCCAACAACGUGCACCGCCGCAUGAACGAGUGGACGCGUCAAUGCGGAUACAGCGUAUCACUCGUGCGGUACUACCCCUACGUCCCCUCGACACCCUCCCCAACACCUUCUCCACAAGCUUCGCCCGCGCACUCUCGACAGCCGUCGUAUCAGAAUGCUCGUCCUUCCGAUCCGCUCCGUCGUGGCUCGGAAGGCGUACGGAAAGUGCCGCACGCGCAUCGUGUGGAGCGCUUGAUCCAUCUUGAACUCGGGGAGCAGCGGGUGAUGAAGAAGUGCGACGCUUGCGGGAAAGAGCAUAGGGAAUGGUUUGAGGUAGAGGCCACGAAGGACGGGGUGAAGAGGGUGGAUGAGGUGGUUAAGCGGUGGGUUGAGUGGGCAGAACGGGCUAAUGAGUGAUGAUCUACGAUAUAAAAUGAUGAUCUAGAACAUAGAUUUAGGCGUUAAGGGAUUUAUGAUAUUGGACUGCAUGCAUAUCUGUGUUGAGAAGAUAGGUGUUUAUGUUGGACUGCUUUAGUUGUAGACAGGCUUAAAGUGCCAAAUCUGUCUAGUGUUUU